AUGGCUGACGUGAACCUGACAUGUUCCGUCCAUUGUAACGACUUGUUACCGCUGUUUUGUAAAGACUGUGACCACCUCCUGUGUUGUGACUGUGUAACACGUGACCACGCAGGACAUAAACUCUGUAACGUAACGGAUGUGAUUGAAUUUCAUCAGCAGGAACUACAUGACGUUUUAAAGAAUGAAAAGUCAAUACAGUUUCUAGAGAGACUCGUUGUCGAUUCACAAGGAGAGCAGAAUCUGUUAGCUCAGCACACGGAAGAUCUUCUCCGAAAUGUUAUCGACAGAGAAGAAGAAAUCAUUGCUCAAGUGAGAGUUUGGAGGGAGAAUAUAAUGAACACGAUCAUUAAAUUCAGGGACGAGCGUGACAAAUAUUUGCAGGAGAAAAAAAGUACCAUCUCCGCUUUACUCAAUAAGAGAGAGGGAGGCUUUCACGUUGAAUCAGAGAGAAGUAAAUUGGAAAUAACACGUAUCAAUUAUGAAGUGCGACGUCUUCUUGCAGACGCGAGGAAUUCGUCUGGCGGUGAGUCGUCUGAUCUGAUUGAGUUUGAAAUAGGGCCGUCAAGUGGAGAUUUAAAUGACAUGUUUGGGAAACUAUCGGAAAAGGAAAUGUCAUCAGAUGAAAUUACUAUCGAUGAGGCUCAAAAAGCACAGGAUAUGAGAGAGGGUGAAGACGUUGAAGAGGAGUUCUAUGACUGUGAAGAUUUACAGAGGUACAAAUUUCGUACAAAACCAAUCAGAGAUGUCAUACCCUUACAAAACCUCCACACGUUUCUUCUGAGUUCAGAUACAGUAUACCUUUAUGAUUUGAAUAAAGAGGAUUUUGAUGCGAAAACCAUUUUGUCCAACGUGCAUCAGAUUACUCACAUACCUACCUCUGGUGAUGUACUAUGUGUGAUGAUGAGUUGCAAAGAAAUAAAACGUAUUUCAGAUGGGAAUACAAUCACAACGUUUGUGUAUACCAUAAAAGACAAUGAGAUGUUCAAAUCCGUGAGUUCAGGCGGGAAUGAAGCGUACGCAUGUGCAUCACAGGAAGACUACAAAGAGAAAACAUAUUAUUCCAAUACAUUUAGAAUUAAUCUAUUCAAUGAAUCUGGAGUGAUAUUAAAAACAUUUGAUUUUGGUACCGUUCAUAGAUGCGGCUAUCGGAGUGUGAUGAAAACCAGCAACAAAAACAACUACAUCUGUGCCAAGUCGAACAGAGUCGAACUAAUCAAUUUGCAACAAGGCAAAGAAAUACAAUCCUAUACAGGAUCCGUGGGAACUGAUCCCGCAUCUAGAUUCUGUACAAUGGGGAUGACAACAGACAACGAAAAUAACAUCUUACUGGCUGUCCGAAAUGACAACGCCAUCCAUCUUCUGGACAAGUCUUUGACAUUCCAGAAACUUCUGAUGACUGCUGAGGACGGUCUUUAUUGUCCGUCGUCUGUCGCUCUAGACAGGGAUGAUUAUCUAUGGGUAGGAUGUGAAGACGGACACUUACUUAUAGUGAAUUAUCAAUAUCUACUCAACACGGACAGACAAACAAGGCUUAAACUUAAACACCGGGUCAUUUGA